UCCAACUAUGAAUCUAAUGAUCUUUCACAGAUUGUAUCCCACAGCACCCAGUAUGGAGACCAGUUCUGGAUUACGUAACCAAAUCUGCCAGUUCUACUAAUGAUGGUCACUUUCAAAGAUAUAUGAGAAAAAAAGUAAUAGCAUUUGCUAAGGAACACUUCUUUCUGUAGUUUACCGCGCGUUAGCAUGAAACAGGCAUUGAUGAAAAAAAUCAACGCACAUCGUAUGUUGUUUUUGGAGUGAGACAUUAAUAUUUACAAACCCUUAUCAUUUCUCAUUCCAAAAUAUUUUUUACCAGUAGUGAGUUGUCUGAUGUUAAUGCACUGUCAUUUGUAACAAAGUGUUUUUUUUCCCCCCACAGCAAAGCGCCAACUAGACCACACCCCGUACAGAUGGUAUGCUGGGCCCCAACUCAGCUCAGCGUUUGGUCGCAAUAAACGCUUCUGGGACAGAGCAGCUUUCUAUUCCAUACACCCAAAGGUGGAUAGAGUAAUGUCCAUGUUAUACUACACUCUGAUUAUAGCAUUUUUGAUCGGCAUACAGGCUGCACCAAAGACCAAGGACCAUGCACCAGCAGGGUCUUCAACAAGGCCUCGUAUUCCACAUCACACGCACCGGAGUAAGUCUCUUCAUCGUUCUCAUGGGAAGAUAGAGGCCAGUGAACCCUCACAUUUUCACAAUGUCACAGUGGACCCUAAACUUUUCAGAAAAAGGAAAUUUCGCUCUCCAAGAGUUUUGUUUAGCACACAACCCCCUCCAUUGUCUGAGGACCUACGGAACUUGGAGUACUUGGAUGAUGAGGAGUCCCUCAAUAAAACUAUUCGAGCUAAGAGGACAGUGCAUCCAGUCCUUCACCGAGGGGAAUAUUCUGUAUGUGAUAGUGUCAGCAUGUGGGUUGGGGAGAAGACCACAGCCACUGAUAUUAAGGGAAAGGAGGUGACUGUUUUGGGGGAAGUAAACAUAAACAAUAGUGUUUUCAAGCAGUACUUUUUUGAGACCAAAUGCAGGGAUCCAAAGCCAGUGUCAGGUGGGUGUCGUGGGAUUGAUUCAAAGCAUUGGAACUCCUAUUGUACUACCACACACACCUUUGUCAAAGCAUUGACAAUGGAAGGGAAGCAAGCAGCAUGGAGAUUCAUUCGGAUUGAUACAGCUUGUGUUUGUGUACUCAGCAGAAAAGGUCGGACCUAAACCAUGCUCCCCCAGCUAUUCCCCACCCCUACCUCAGACUGUAAAUUAUUUUAAAUUAUAUGGACUGCAUGGUGUAUUUAUAGUUUAUACUGUAAAAAAAUGGCGCAUUAUUUAUUAUUAAAAAGUUUUCAAAAUUCCUUGGUUGCUUUCAUUGAACAUCUUUGUUGCGUUUCAUAGUUUUUUUGUUCACGGCUAAAUGUAAUUACCACAAUUACCGCAGGCAUGGUUACACUAUUACUAAA